UGAAUGAAAUCCCUCGCUCUCUCUCGAAAAAGCCAAAAAAAUGGCGGCUUAGUUUUCCCUCCCUUUUCAAAAAUCUCCCCGUACAAAAAGGUUUAACAAAAACCCCAUUUUCAGUUUCCCUCCUUCGUAUUCCCUCUUCGAUUUCUUCUUUUUUUUUUCUUUUCAAAAAUUGAUUUCCUUGUCCUACAAGAUUGAGGAUUCCUAUUGAAGGUAUACAAAUCUCAAUCUCCUCAAGAACAUUUUCCUUUUCCGGUCUCAAAACCCACUGCAAAGUUUAACCGGCUUUCAAUGGAAACCCGACCUUUUUGUUCUAAAACCCUAAGGUCAGAUGCUCCAUCUCCUUCGGAAUCUUUUCUUUCUCAAGAGAAUCUUGAUGGGUUAUCUCCAGUUUUGCCUUCAAUGGCAGAUUCUUUAUCUGGGUCUUCACCGGUUUCGCAGAUGGCCCUUGAUUCUCUUGAUAUCCAAACCUUAAUUGAAGAUGUGAUCGACGAAGGAACUGUAGCCAAUCCUCGUUUGUCUGAGUCACUAUCAACUAAUGAUGUGUUUUCAUUAACUUCUCCACCGCCUUCCCCUUCUUCUACUGAUUCUGAGCCUUCUCCGCCUCUAGCUUUGGUCCCUUAUGAUCCUCAGAAACCUGUAAAUUAUCAAGAAAAGGAAGAAGAUCCUUGCAGAUGGGAUUUUAGUAAUUGUAGUUCUUCUGACAAGGGGAGGAAUAUGGCUUCUGAUCAGUUCUACAGUCGCAGAGAAAACGAAUUCAGAGACCCUGGAUAUGGAUAUUCCGCAUGGGCCCCAUGGUCGUCAAGGCCCUUGUCUCCCCCUAAAGAAGCUUCUCGAAAUGGAAGGGAACCAACUGGUGUGGGUGCAGGGCUGGAAAAUUUGGGUAACACAUGUUUUAUCAAUGCUGUGUUGCAAUGUUUUACUCACACUGUUCCAUUUGUUUUGGGUCUUCGAUCUUUGAAUCAUGAGAAGCCUUGUGCUCGUAGUGUUGAGAGUUUUUGUUUACUUUGUGCUCUUCACGAUCACAUUGAGCUUUCAUUGAAUUCAUCAGGAGGAAUCGUGUCGCCUUCCAAAAUUUUUGACAAUUUGAACUAUAUCUCAUCUUUUCUUUAUAGAUAUGAACAGGAAGAUGCUCAUGAAUUCCUGCAAUGCUUGUUAGAUAGGCUUGGUAGCUGUUGCUCAGACUCAAAGCCCAAGAACAAUUGUUUGUCCUCUUCAGAUGACUGCCUAGUUAAGAAGGUUUUUGGUGGUCGUCUUGUUAGCCAGCUAUGUUGUUGCAAUUGUGGUUACAUUUCUUACUCUUAUGAGCCUUUGAAUGACCUGAGUUUGGAGAUUGAAAAUGUGGACACCCUUCCAAGUGCUUUAGAGUCUUUCACCAAGGUGGAAAAAAUUGAGGAUCAGGGGGCAAAGUUUAGGUGUGAGAAUUGUAAAGAAGAGGUGGCAGUAGAAAAACAGCUUAUGCUGGACCAGGCCCCUUCAGUUGCAACAUUCCACUUGAAGAGAUUUAAGACUGAAAGUGGAUAUGUUGAGAAGAUUGACAAGCAUGUGUUCUUCCCACUGGAGUUGGAUUUGCAGCCUUACACUAUUGUCAAUCAGAGUAGUAAUGAGGAACUGAAGUAUCAAUUAUAUGCAGUUGUGAAGCAUUCUGGAUUUACACCUACUUCUGGACAUUAUGUUUCCUACAUUCGGUCCUCUCCAAAUACAUGGCAUAAGUUGAAUGAUUCAAGGGUUACUAGAGUUGAAGAAGAAGUUGUGCUUUCUCAGGAAGCCUACAUUUUGUUCUAUGCUAGGCAGGGUAUACCUUGGUUUUCAACUGCAAUAGAAGUACAAAAGCCUUGUGCUGACCCCGGUAUAUCUGAUUCUUCACCAAAGUCUGUUCUAGAUAACAUGGAAAUGGAAUGUCCCUCUGAUCUCCAUGUAAAAAGCAGAGCUGAUUGUGGUGCCAAUGAAUCUAAGGAUAUUCCUGCUAGAACGUCAACUCAGUUCUCUGGUGAAACACAACAUGAAGUUGAGGCUGAUAACCUACAUGUUGCUGUUGAGGGGAUUUCUGGAUCGCCUCCUAAUGAAUCAGAAUUUCAUGUAUCAAAGUCCAUUGAUUUCAUAGAUGAUAAUCCUAUGACCAGUGCUUCUAUGCCACCAGGGCCAAGUAGUUGUUCUGAUGGAUUUGAUAAAAAUAUAUCUAAUGUGUCUCAUCAUGGGGAAAACAACUGCAAUCAGGGUGUUGAUGAAGUUCCAAAUAAUAAUAGUCUCCCCUUGAUGCCAUCCAGAUCUCUACGUCUAGAUAAGUGUCAGAGGGACUCUUCAGAAUGUGUUCCGCGUGCUCAUUUGAAAGAUGAGAAUCGUGGCAUUCAUCGAAGAGCAGUCAACAGGACUGCUGUGGAUCAAGGAAGAACUGAAGCAAUGAGAUAUGCCAAAAGGAUGCCUACUGCACGAGGUGCAAAAUUUAUGGCUCUGCUGGCUCCACAAACUGUAGGUAAAAUGAAGAAAAAAGCAGGAUCAUCUCCUUGCAAAAGGGUCAGCCCUCGCUGUAGAAACAACCAUAGUCUUAUGCACCCUGUUCCUGUCUCACGCUGAACAGUUUCUGACCAUUUCUGCUUAACCUAAUUGGUCGGUUCUAGACCAUCAGAGAGCUAAUACCUUUUAUGCACAAUAUUAUAAAGGAGAGAAAAGGAUUGAUCUUCUGCUGGUUUUCUUCGCAUGUCAGAGAAAAUGUAAAGUUUAGGAUUUUGUUUGGGAAGUAAAUAUCUUAUGGUUUUUUAUU